GGAGGGGGAAGAUGGCUCGCCCGGACCCGUUCUGCUAGGAAGAAGGGGGCAGGUGGGGGUGCUUCUCCGGAGAAAGCAGAGCAGCCGCCGUCGCUGUCGCUGCGAGCCGCACACGUAGAGGUCCUGCAGGUGGAGCUCCGGGAGCCGCUCUGGUUGACGGUUUAGAACAGAUGUGGAAAGAUGUUCACUUCAGAGAAAGGGGUUGUGGAGGAAUGGCUGUCAGAAUUUAAGACACUACCAGAAACAUCAUUACCAAAUUAUGCCACAAAUUUGAAAGACAAGAGUUCUUUAGUUUCAUCUCUCUAUAAAGUGAUCCAGGAGCCACAAAGUGAGUUGCUAGAACCUGUCUGUCACCAGCUCUUUGAAUUCUAUCGCAGUGGAGAGGAACAAUUGCUUCGAUUUACACUGCAGUUUCUCCCAGAACUGAUUUGGUGCUACCUUGCAGUCUCAGCUAGCAGAAAUGUGCAUAGCAGUGGAUGCAUUGAAGCUCUUCUUCUAGGGGUUUACAAUUUGGAAAUUGUUGACAAACAGGGACAUAGCAAAGUAUUGAGUUUUACAAUCCCAUCUUUAUCCAAACCGUCUGUAUAUCAUGAACCGUCCAGCAUUGGGUCCAUGGCUCUGACUGAGAGUGCACUAUCCCAGCAUGGUUUGUCAAAAGUUGUGUACAGUGGACCUCAUCCUCAAAGGGAGAUGCUGACAGCACAGAAUAGGUUUGAAGUGUUGACAUUCCUUUUGUUAUGUUACAAUGCUGCUUUAACCUACAUGCCCAGUGUUUCUCUUCAAUCACUGUGUCAAAUUUGUUCAAGAAUCUGUGUUUGUGGAUAUCCUCGACAACAUGUAAGAAAAUACAAAGGUAUAAGUAGCAGGAUACCGGUUUCUUCAGGAUUCAUGGUGCAAAUGUUAACAGGGAUUUAUUUUGCUUUUUAUAAUGGAGAAUGGGAUCUAGCUCAAAAAGCACUGGACGAUAUUAUAUACAGAGCCCAGCUAGAAUUAUAUCCAGAGCCACUGCUGGUUGCUAAUGCAAUAAAGGCUUCAUUGCCUCAUGGUGCCAUGAAAUCUAGUAAGGAAGGUACAAAGUGUAUUCAAGUUGAAAUCACACCAACUUCCUCUAGAAUAUCUAGAAAUGCAGUAACCAGCAUGUCAAUAAGAGGUCAUAGGUGGAAAAGACAUGGAAAUGCAGAAUUAACAGGUCAAGAAGAACUGAUGGAGAUAUCUGAAGUUGACGAGGGAUUUUAUUCCAGGGCUGCGUCUAGUAUGAGCCAGUCGGGUUUAUCAAACAGUAGUCAAAAUUGUAGUAACAAGACAAGUGUAGGAAAGAACCAGAGACGGUCGGGAGGAAGCAAAACUGGAGGAAAAGAAAAAGAAACUACAGGGGAAUCUUGCAAAGAUCACUUUGCUCGAAAACAAACUCAGAGAGCCCAAAGUGAGAAUCUCGAGCUUCUCUCUUUGAAGAGACUUACUUUAACAACCAGCCAAUCCCUGCCUAAACCCAGCAGUCAUGGCUUGGCUAAGACUGCAGCAACUGUAUUUAGUAAAUCCUUUGAACAAGUCAGUGGUGUCACAGUCCCACAUAACCCAUCGUCUGCUGUUGAUUGUGGGACUGGGACAGAUGCCAGUAGGUUUUCCGCUUGUAGUCUUCAAGAAGAAAAGCUUAUUUACAUUUCGGAGAGAACUGACCUUCCAAUGAAGCAUCAGUCAGGUCAGCAGAGGCCUCCUAGUAUUAGCAUUACUCUGUCCACAGAUUAGUUUGUAACAUAUUUUUCUUCUGUAACCAGUGAAUCUGAAAGUACGACUUUGCUUCUUUAUGAAAGUGCCCAGGUCUUUCAUCCGUGUUGCUGACAGGAGCCCUGAUGUUUUCAAUUCUGAAGGUCCCCUUGACUGUAUGAAGGAAGUAAUGUCUAGGUUGCAAUAAGUUGAAAUAUGGCUUGUUAUUUCUUGGCUGUGUUUUAAACCCUUGGUUUGAGGUUUUUUUCCCCCACUCUCUUUCUUAUUUGUUACUAUUGCCCUAAGAUUGUCAGUGUGGCAGUAAAUUUUGGCAGGUUGUCUGAUUAAGUUGGUUACAUCUCAUGUGAGGUUGUGAGUUUUUUUUAAUAACUCCUAUUUUAGUAGCUGUGUGUUUGGCCUUCGGAGUUGUAGGAAGUCUCCACGUAUGGGAACUGUUUUAUAAAGAAUGGGGAAGAGGCGCAACUCCAGGAAUUCUACAGCUGGCCAUUCAGCAAGCUAGUCUGAAAAACAGGCACAUAAGAAGAAAAAAACAAUGUGUAUGAAAAGUGCCUAUUAAAAUGUUUGUAACCAGAUUAUCUUUAAGAUUAGAACAGAUUGUUCAAAUCCCUGGAAAAUGUCUGGUAAUUCAGUACCUAGAAUAUUAUAUAAUUCCAGGGCAUGGGUAGGGGCAUAUCUGUUACCAUCUUUGGAACAUUUUUUAUAUCAAAAAUCAGAUAGCUGGUAGGUGUGUUGUUUUGAAGUGUUUGAUCUGGAUUUAGCAGGUGAGAAUCCCUUUCAAUUCCUAAGAUGUAAUAGGCUACAAAGCUGAUUUACCUGCUGUCUUUGGAAAUUCUACUUAGUUUGGAUUCCUAUAAUUCAGAGCACACAUUGAAGACUUCCUGGAAACUUUUGUAAAUCUUGCAACACAGCUGUCAAGAUACCAGUAUCCACUAUAUACCAUUGAGUUCUUUUUCUGCAGAUGAAGGAAAUGAGACAAAUUUUUCAUCUAUAAAAUGUCAUGAAAGAAAGUAAAGAUAGUUAAGUAUGGACAAAAGACAUUUAUAUACCUGUCCUAACAAAAUUAGGGCUGUUUAUGUUUGUUCUUAAAUUUAAAAAAUGAAAAAAAUGAAGUGUGUUUCUUGUUAGUGAACAGGCCUAUUUUUAAUGUUCUUGUUAUGAUGUAGAAAGAAUAAUCAAUUUAGUUACCCCCAACCAAAAAAAUUUUAAAAAUUAAAAAGGUAAUAUGGCAGAAGCUAAGCAAACUUGUAUGUAGCUGUAGGGAACCAUGUGACCUCUAGAUGGAUGUAAAACUUUGGUGUUUUCUCAUGCUGGUCAUUUCAUAUAUGGUUGAGGUUUUCUUUAAAGAAAGUAUAUUUAGGUAAUAAUUCACAGGGAGAGAGGGCUGAGGGUGAAAGUAAAUUGGCUGAGGAAGGGCUAGGGAGCUGUCCACUUCUUGGGUUCUUUCCCUUUUAGUACACAGUGGUUUCCUUAUUCACAGUCCUAGUUAUGGUCACAGAGAGAACUUGCUAGUGUUUUCCUUCUUGUACCUGCUUAUGCAGAACUCAAGUAUAUGAAAAAUUCAUAUGUCUUGAAGAGUGCCAAAACAUUUAUAUUCUGAAUACAGUUUGACCAUAAUUGCUUUGGCUACCAGUUUAAACCUAAUUCUUCAAAAAGCAUGAACUAGUUUUCAUUCAUUAGCCCCUGAAUGUGAUAUGGUUUUCAACAUAAAUGAAUUUGAUUUUUCAGUUACAAUAAUAGAAGAUUUAUUGGCAUAAAUUGUAGUCAAAAACUGUAAGGCAACCAGACAGUGAAAGUUGAUAUUGUAUUAAUUUAAUAGGAAUCCUGUGGUGUGUGAUUUAAAAUAUUUGUAAAAUGUCACUGUGAAUUUCCUGUUUUCUUUUUGUAAUUCUUUAACAAAGAAUUUCUCCUGUGAAUAGUAACUAACAGUAUUGAUAUUACUAAAAACUAAUUUUAAAAAUUGGCAUUGUAACCAAGUUGAGGUGCUUAGGAAAGGUUGUGGAAUAAGUUAGAGGAAACAUUAGCUGACCCAGAUGAGAGAUUUUAAUGCCCUACCACUGUAACAGAACCUCAUUUUGGUAUAAUUCUAGACCUUUGCUUCUUGUGUGAUCCAAGGACCAGUAAGUAGGAUUGGCAUCACCUGGCAUCUUGUUAAAAAUGCAGGAUUUCAGGGCCACCCCAGAUCUACUGAGUCAGAAUCUGCAUGUUAGCAAGAUCCACAAGUGAUUUUUAUAUGCUCAUUAGAGUUUGAGAAGAGAGUUUCAGAGUACAAUUUGUCUAAUAUGUAGAAUUCUCAGUGGUCUUACAGUCCUAGAUUAAAUAUGUUAGAUGCUAGAUCAUUGCAAUCUUCAUUGUUUUUGACAGCUAAUGAAUUUUUUAAUAACAUUGACACAUGACUUCUUAAGUCCUCUAAUUCUAAAUUUCUAAUGAUCCUCAUUUAUUUUUGUAAUAAAAUGUAACAUUUUGUAUUUUUCUUGUUUCUCAUAAAUGGAAUCAGCUGUGGAUGCCAGCAAUUUUAAGUGUGAAAGGGGCACCACCCUUUUAUACAAUGCACAACAAAUUUACAUGUGUAUAUAUAUUCUUUUAAAAAAUCUCCGAAGGCUUCCUCCUUGGAGUGGUUCUGAAUUUUUGCUCCUAGUGACGUGCACUAAUUGAUUUUCUGUAAUGUGGAGUUAUGUUAAUAAAAUUCUUUUAUAGUACCUGUGAUACUAUUUCAAAUAAGGAUUAUACAUUGAAUGUUUUUACAGCAGUUAUGAAAAUUGGAUGAUAUUAGCUGUGGCAACAAUUGUUAUUAUCCCUACUACUCUCUCCACUCAACUUAAGUUGAGGUGGCUUUUGUAGGUCACUUUCCUAUAAAUAUACUAAUGCUCACAGACCUCCUGUGUAUCCAGAAUAAUACCUUUUAUCAUGAGAAGGAUUCCAGACAAAAUUGGAGUCUCGUACCCUGUAGUUCAGAGGAUCUUGGCAAAAAUUACAGCUCCAUUCCACAAUUUAAACCUCUAGGGAUUCUUGAAAUCAUCUAGCCUCUCACUCUUGAAAACUCAACUGCCUGGGAUGUUCCUGUGAAGCUGGACCCAGCACUGGCCUUUUGGAAUCCAAGUAGGAAGAGAUACAAAAUCGAUUUUUCAAGGGUGUGUCCCAGAGUACCCAGAGGAAAUGUCUUCCCUGUUCUCCCUGAAGACACAGGAAAGCGCCCUGGAGACCCUGUACAUCAGUACCUUGGAACUUUUUAAGGCAAGCUCCGUAGAUUUGAAGGGUAGAAAUUCUCACUCAUUAAAUGAUGACUGAAGUUUGUUUUCAAAAAGCAGUAUUUUACUGUCCUUUUGAAUUGUGAAGCAACUGUUCAGCAAACAUUACUUAGUUUUUAAAAAGUUGAAUUAAAGGGAAACAUUUUUUAAAACAAAAUAGAUCAAAAUGAUCCCAGUUUUAAGGAACUUUGCCUAUUUUGGAAGAAUAAAACUAAAAUGUUAAAACUAUUAGAUUAUGUAAGAAAAAAUGUACUCAGAGACACCAUUUUAAACAAAUAUUUUAAAUGAGUCAGUUAACAUUUGAGUCUGCACAAUAAGUCUUUAUUAAAGGGAAGUACAUCAAGGAAAUACAUAUGUUAAAUAAU